CUAAAUAUAACACGUGACAGAUAAGUGGCAAGUUGUUUUGUAUACUUUAUUUUAAUGCAAUGUAUAGCUUCAUCUUAUUUUUAUAAUUCUUAUCAUCUCAUACAAUUAUAUAAUACAGAGCUGUUUUAUCAAUUCGAAAAAUAAGUUUAGGCAGGAAAGUAGAUUGUUUUCCACGUUGGUUUACGAAUUUACCAACAGUUUUGUGUUUCAUUUUAAGUAAACAGACACAGGUGGGACAAACAAAGGUGACGAGUAUAAAGUCACAUCGAUACAGUAGUUAUUUUGCACAUUCAAUCUCUGAUAUAUCUUAAAUUUUUCUAUUGAAAUUGAAAUUAUGGCUAAUCCAGCUCCGAUAGUUCCUGAGGUAAUCGAAUCAGUUAAACCUUGGCUAAAAUUCUUGGAAGUAAACAUUAAUGAGCCAGCAAUAAACAAAAGUGUACGACAGAUACGUUAUUUAGCUUCCACAUUAACUGGUGACAAUAAAAUAGCUUGGUUAUUAAAAUUGAUAAACUUCAUAGAUUUGACUUCUUUGAGUGGUAAUGAAACUAGCGUCAACAUGGAGUUUUUGUGUAGAAAGGCUACAACAAUUGCAGAUCGCAUUUCACUGAAAUGGGAUAAACCACUUCAUCCAGCAGGCAUUUGCGUUUAUCCCUCCAGAAUAAAGGAUGUAGCAGAUUUUUUAAAGACAAAAAAUAAGCCAGGUCCAAUUAAAGUCGUUAGCGUGGCUGGUGGGUUUCCUUCUGGACAAUAUCCUUUAGAGACCCGGUUGCAAGAAGUGCGCUGUGCCAUAGAAUAUGGAGCGCAAGAAAUAGAUGUUGUGAUCGAUCGAUCGUUAGCUUUGAAUCAUGAAUGGGUAGCAUUGUACAAUGAUCUAGUAGCUAUUCGCAAUGCUUGUAACAAGAAAGGAAAAAUAUGUCUGAAAGUUAUACUAUCAACAGGAGAACUAUUUAACUUCAAAAAUGUGUACAAAACGUCUAUGAUAGCUAUGUUUGCUGGCGCUAAUUUUAUCAAGACAUCUACAGGAAAAGAGGAAGUUAAUGCAAUUUUGCCUAUGGGUAUUGUCAUGUGUAGAGCGAUAAAGGAUUAUGAGAGAUUGACAUCUACAAAGGUUGGCAUUAAACCUGCUGGAGGUAUACAAACUGCGCAAGAUGCUCUUGAAUGGAUGGUUUUAAUCAAGGAAGAAUUAGGACAAGAUUGGUUGACAAGCAGCCGUUUCAGAAUUGGUGCAUCCAAAUUGCUGGAUAAUAUUAUAGAAGAAAUUAAUGAAACCUGUAAAAAUGUGGUACCACAAGAUACAGAAGAUUAUAAAGAUGUAAGUACUGAAGAAAAAAUUGUAAACAAGGCUGAAUCUAAAUAAGAAAGUUAGAUCUGACUGGAACAAAUAAAUAAAAAGUUUUUAUAUUAUUUUUAUACACAAUUUAAGAAAUAAUUCUUGGAAUAUAUUAAUCUGUGUUUUAAUAAAAUAGUUUUUAUCUCAAACUUUUAAGAACUGAUCUAUACAAGAAAAACUAAUAAAGGCAAAAUAAUAAAUUGUUUAUUUAGUACCUUUUGUCAGUAUGGCAGAA